AUUCAUUAACCUAAAAAGAAAUGGAACUGACGCUAACAAUCUCAAAAUAACGGCAGUUCCAAUUCGAAACAGUACGCUUAAACACGCCUACUUGUGGAGAAUCGGGUAGCUGAUUGGCUAGAAGAAGUGUCACUCAAGUAAACGGUUUCGCGUUUGUUGAUGCUGCUGUAGUUCCUGUUGCAGAGCUGCAUCUACUGUGAGCUGGGCGGUUUCUAAACGGAAGGUUUCCGUACUGCUUCUUCUGGAUGUCCAAACACAAACUCUUCCUUCUCCGCCAUGGGGAGGGCACCUGGAACAAAGAGAACCGCUUCUGCAGCUGGGUUGAUCAGAAACUGAGCGAGAACGGGGUGGUGGAAGCCCAAGAAUGCGGCAGGCUCCUGAAAGAGCAGGGCUACCAAUUCGACCAGGUUUUUACCUCCAUACUGAGUCGUUCCAUCCAGACGGCCUGGUUGGUGCUGGAGGCCAUGGGACAAGAGUGGGUCCCAGUCACCAAAUCCUGGAGGUUAAACGAGAGGCAUUACGGUGCCCUGAUCGGCCUCAAUCGGGCUGAGAUGGCGUUGAACCAUGGCGAGGAACAGGUUAAACUGUGGAGGCGUAGCUAUGACAUCACGCCACCCCCCAUUGAGGAGACACAUCCCUUUUAUGCUGAAAUUUACAAUGACCGUCGAUAUAGUACGUGCGAUGUUCCGCAAGAGGAACUGCCCAAAACAGAAAGUUUAAAGGAAGUGUUAGACAGACUUCUUCCUUACUGGAAUGAUGUCAUCGUACCGGUGAUCAAGAGCGGCCAAACAGUCCUCAUCUCUGCACAUGGCAACAGCUGCAGGGCUUUGCUUAAACAUUUGGAAGAUAUAUCAGAAAGGGAAAUUGUGAAUGUGACGCUGCCCACAGGAGUACCAGUCUUGCUGGAGCUGGACGAAGAUCUUCGACCGGUCAAGCCCCGUCAGCUUCUGGGUGACCAGGCUAAAAUCCAGGCAGCCAUCAAAAAGGUGGAGGAUCAAGGGAAGGUUAAUGCGCAAAAUAAAUAAGGACAUACUGUUGGGUGUGUCUGAGGUAGACCAGUUUCUGUUUUUAGUGGAAUUUUAGAAAUCAUGAAUAGUUAUCUAAGUCAAUAUUUUGAAUUCAAGCACUUGUUACUGAUCCAAAAUGCAGACUUGGCACAUACUGUGUAUAUUUUGUCAUAGCAAGAGGUCUGUAGACCAAACAAUGAAAUAUAUAUUGAUAUAACCUUAUUUAAAAUGAUCCUUUAAUAACGUGUUGUUAUUUUUUUGUUAGCUUGUUUAUUUUUCAAUGCAUUUUAGGCCACAGAAAACCAGUGGUGCCUUCCUUUGGGUAAAAAAUAGCAUCCAUCAGUUGUUUUCUAAUAGAAUUUCUUAUUAAAUGUCAACACAUGCUUAUAAACCAUUUCUGUAGGCUACUUAAAAACUAUAUACUGUGCACUACCAAUCAAGUGUUUGAGGUCAGUACAUCAGUCAAUUAAACUCACCAAAGGUGCAUUUAUUUGAUCCAAAAUACUGUAAAAUCAAUAAUAUUGUGAAUUGUUUAAUAUAUUUUAAAAUGUAAUUUCAGUCUCACCUGAUCCUUUAGAAACCAUUCUAAUAAUCUGAUU